CAGUUGGGUCGCAUCGGUGAUUCGGGAGGAUGGCGAACUCCGGGCUGCAGUUGUUGGGCUUUGUCAUGUCGCUGUUCGGGUGGAUCGCGCUGAUCGCAGCCACCAUCAUGCCGCAAUGGCGGAUGUCCUCGUACGCCGGGGAUUCCAUCAUCACCGCGGUGGCCAUUUAUCAGGGACUGUGGAUGACGUGUGCGACCCAAAGUACCGGACAGAUCCAGUGCAAGGUGUACGACUCCCUGCUGCAGCUGGACGCCUCCCUGCAGGCCACACGCGCUCUCAUGGUGGUCUCCAUCGUAAUCGGGAUAGUGGGCGUGGCCAUCUCCACCAUGGGGAUGAAGUGCACCAAAUGUGGGGGCGACGACAAGGUGAAGAAGGCGCGGAUCGCCAUGACUGGUGGCUUUGUCUUGCUGCUGGCGGGUCUGGCGGCGCUCAUAGCGUGCUCCUGGUAUGGAAAUCAGAUCAUCCGAGACUUCUACAAUCCUCUGACUCCCAUCAACACAAAGUAAGUGCCG